GAGUACGAGAAGAACAGAUGCAGUAGUUUUAGCCUUUUAGGCUUUUAGCUUUUUCAGUCCACUCGAAAAACCCUAAACCCAUCUGAGUUUCCCACCUCGCCGUGCGAUCCAUUUUCCCGCUCGCCGUUAGCCGGCGAUCCAUUUUCCCGCCCCUCCGCCAAAUCAGGUACUUGAAGUUAGGAAAUUAAUGGCUUAUAUCCAGUAUGGAAGACAUGCCCUUCGGCAAAUUAUCAAAGAAACGAAUGUCCAGCAAAGCCAUGAUCGUUUGAUGCAACCUCUGUUCUAUGCUUGUCAAGGAAUUAGAUACAGAAAGUUGGAUGUGAUUCUUACGACGAGCAUUGAGAAACUUGGCAAAGCUGGUGAGACUGUCAAAGUCGCUCCUGGUUAUUUUCGCAAUCAUCUGAUGCCGAAAUUGCUUGCUGUUCCUAAUAUUGAUAAGUUCGCUUAUCUCAUUAAGGAGCAGCGUAAGAUUUAUCAACCCAAGGAAGAAGAGGUUCAAGUAGUUACAAAGAAUGUCGAAGAUAAGAGCAAAGUAUAUGAAAAGGCUGCAUAUCGUCUACUUAAUGGCCGGCUGGUAUUGAGGAGAUCUAUCAAUGUUGAAAAGUUUCGUGCCCGAUCGACCAAAGAUGACCCAAUUGAAUUGCGCUCACCUGUGACAAAAGAAGAAAUUGUUGCUGAGGUUGCAAGGCAGCUUUGCGUUCAAAUUGAUCCUGAAAAUCUGCACCUUCCAACACCUUUGGAAACAUUUGGACUGUUUGAUGUGCAAUUGCGGAUGCCAAAAUCCAUACCGCUCCCAGAAGGAAGGUAUAAUUGGACGCUUAAAGUUAAAAUCCGAGGUAAAUAAACGGACAAGAGGAAAUAGGAGGUUGACUGAAAAGAGCUUUCAAGCUUGAGGAACCGUCUUCUUUUCGAAUUAGCUUGAGGAAUCAAAUGUUGGAUGAUUAUUGACCUUUGUUGUCUGAUUAUGCUAUUUACCAUCUGUUCCAACUCUUUGUUUUACCAAAAAAGAGUAAUAAUUUCAAUUUUUUAACUAAA